AUGGACAGUCUAUAUAUGAAAGGAGAUUUAUUACAAUUACAUACAAAAGAUUCUGAAGUGGUAGAAGGCAGAUUUUAUAGCAUCACAAAUGACAAAUCAAAAAUAUCACUUUACAACGUGAAAGAGUUGUCUUUAAAUGAUAAGAGUGAAGGUGUAUGCCACUACUAUGAUUCCGAGGUAAGAAACAUUGUAAAACUGCAAGAAGUAAAUGAGCAAACAUUUUUGAAAAUAUCCCAGAAGGAAUGUGAAGAAAUUUUGAAAGUAUCUAAAAAAUAUGUCUACAUUAAUCAAGUUGAUAGCACUUUUCAUGAGGCAAUGGAUGUACUGAAGCACUAUAACUAUAUAGCUUUGAGUACUGAUGGUGCACACAUGGGACGGAAAUGUAAAAUGCCAUUCUUAGUGCUUUCAACUCCAGAACAGAUUUACAUUUUUGACAUUCAAGUUAUGCAAUAUCAUGCCUUUGAUGCUGGCUUAAAGAAUAUACUUGAAGAUGAAAGUAUUAAAAAGAUUGUCCAUGAUUGCAGAAAAAUAUCUGACUGCCUAUAUCAUAAACAUAAUAUUAAGAUUAAAUCCAUUUUUGACACUCAGGUUGGUGACCUUAUCAUCACCAAAAAUAAAACAGGUAGAGUUCCUGAUAACGUAAAAACUUUAGCACAAUGUCUGAAUACUCAUCUUGGCCUAAAAUUGAACACAAUUGAUGAAAAGAUGGAUAUAGUACAGUGCACUGAGCGACCACUUUCUUCAAAUAUAAAAGAAAGCCUGGCUAAAAAUAUUGCAUUCCUCCACCGUCUAUCUGAAGUUAUAAAUCAAGAGAUGAUGUUACCAUUUGUAAGAGGCGUUGAAUGUUUCAUAGAAAGUGUGAGGUCAUGUGAUGAUUUCAAAGCAUGGGAGUUGUGUGGAAAAUACAACCAGAUACCAAAGGAUUUUCAGAGUGCAAUUGAGUAUUAACAAAAUUCAUUCCAACUUUGAGUAAUAAAUGUUAGAAUUAGGA